GCUUCAGCUGUUUGUGUUCAGUGAUAAAGUCAGUCCUCCGAGUCUCGGCUUCCUGGCUGGAUACGGCAUCAUGGGUCUGUACGCGUCGGUGGUUUUGGUGAUCGGGAAGUUUGUGCGCGAGUUCUUCAGCGGGAUCAGUCACUCCAUCAUGUUCGAGGAGCUGCCGUGUGUCGACCGCAUCCUCAAACUCUGUACCGACGUCUUCCUGGUGAGAGAGACAGGGGAGCUGGAGUUGGAGGAGGAGCUUUACGCCAAACUGAUCUUCCUUUAUCGCUCGCCAGAGACUCUGAUCAAAUGGACCCGACGCUAACCUCGUCAACGGUUACUACGUCCGCAGUGACAUCACAGACUGUGACAUCAUCACUGACUGUGACAUCAUCAUUGACUGUCGUUUCUGAACAUGUGGUUCCUCCGACGGUCUUCAGAAAGAACCUGCGGAGAAUGUUCUCCAGGAGGAAACGUCAGUGAGGAAAACAGGAAGCAUUACCUCUUCUGAUGACAUCCACACUGAUCUGAGGACAGUCACGUUUUGAUUUCUGAUGACCAAUAGCUGCAGGGAUACGUCACCUUCUUUGAUAACAGCUGUUUUAAUACAGAGAGGUAUUCUGAGGAGUCAAACGACGACCUUGCAAAUGUUUUCACUUAUUUAUUUGACUUUAAUGUUUACAGGACAAACCUCAGUAUUUCUUUCAUGACUGCGUUGGCUUUAACAGUUAAAGUGUUAGCUUUCAUUAGCACAACAUUAGCAUCAUGCUAGGUGUGCAUCAGCAUUACAUUAGCUUUUUAAGGUCUGCUUAGUAGAGGUGUAGAGUUGCAGGAGCGCAACGGAAAGAUGCCCCGGUACUUUUUUUUUCUCUCACAGUCAGAAAAUAGAAUAUUGGCUGAUUGCAUAAACCGAUUGAAAUUCAUAUAAAUUUCUUAAGCGCUUGUGGAUCCAAUCAUCACUAAAGUGUAUGCACGAGCAUUGACGGAAUAUCACACAUGAGAGAUAAUAAAAACAGAUGGAAUGGUCAAAGUUGCUAUAUUGAUAUUUAGCGGCUGGCUCUCUGCCUCAUAAUUUUAUCUCGUAAUGUUGCUCAUUUGUCAGUUACUGCAAAACCUCACCUCCGCGACUUGACAGAAGUCUGCUUAUACUGAAUGUAUAUAUUGCCAUGGCAACUGUACACUUAAAACCCACAAAACAGGGUUACAUAACCUUACAUAACGAGCUUCAAGAUCACCGUGAAUGUGUAAGCGUCAUAGGUGCGCUCCGGUAAUAAAACAAAUAGCACUACACCCCUGCUGCUUAGUUAGCCUAAAUCAGCUCCAUGUUAGCUCUGUUUGAUUGUGACUCUUGUAAACUGGUGUGAAAGGUGAUCAGAGCUAAGCUAACUCUAGGAACCAAUAAGAAGGAUGAAGGUGUGAGAUGUCUGUGAGGCCAAUAAUCAGUGAUAAGUGAAAACUGCUGUUCAUACAUUUUUAACAACAUGACCCAAACACAGAAUAUUUAGUCCAUGUUGCCCCCUAGUGACAGAAAACUAGAAGUAAAUGAACACAUGAACUAAUGUAGGGUUAAUCAUCAGAUCGUGUUGUUGGAAAGUAAAUCUGUUGAUGUCACUUUAUCUGACUGAUAACUCUAAACUCUGUUUCCUGUGAAUAUUUCAAACAAAAAGUGAAUAUGUGACAAUUAAACUUGGUUUUAUGUCUGAGUCUC